AUGCACUUGAUUAUUAAUUACUUGAUAAAUUAUGCAGUUGCAUCUUCUACUGGAGUACUUGGAGUUCUAGCUUUGUUGGCUUGGUUCUUGAGAAGGCGUUUUAUCAGCAACAAAAACUCACCAUACCAAAUAAUUGAGUUGUUUCUGAAAAACCAUGGUCAUCUAGCAGCUAAAAGAUACACUUACACACAAAUAAUAAAAGCAACCAAUUCAUUCAAAAACAAACUAGGUCAAGGAGGAUACGGCAGUGUAUACAAAGGAAAAUUACAAGAUGGAAGUCUCGUGGCAGUAAAGAUAUUAAGUGAAUCCAAUGGUAACGGUGAAGAAUUCAUCAAUGAGGUUGCUAGUAUUAGUGUCACUUCUCAUGUUAAUAUCGUUAGUUUAUUGGGAUUCUGUUUAGAAGGUUCGAAAAGAGCUUUGAUAUAUGACUACAUGCCUAACGGAUCACUAGAAAAGUUCAUAAAUGAAGACAAAGAUCCACUAAAGCUAAGUUUUCCAUUGAGUUGCAAUACUAUCUACAAUAUUGCAAUAGGCGUUGCUCGAGGAUUAGAGUAUUUGCACAAGGGUUGCAAUACUAAAAUCUUGCACUUUGAUAUAAAACCUCAUAAUAUAUUACUAGAUGGUGAUUUUUGUCCUAAAAUUUCAGAUUUUGGACUUGCAAAAGUAUGUCCAAGAAAAGAAAGUAUCAUAUCUUUAUUAGGUGCCAGAGGUACUGCAGGAUACAUUGCUCCCGAAGUGUUUUCUAGGAAUUUCGGCUCCGUUUCUCACAAGGCUGAUGUAUAUAGCUAUGGAAUGAUGGUUUUAGAAAUGGUUGGGGGAAAACAAAAUAACAAUAUUGUUGAUGUUGAAAGUUCGAGUGAAAUUUAUUUUCCACAUUGGAUUUACAAGCGCCUUGAACAAAAUCAAGUACCUGGACUGCGGAGCUUUAAUAAUGAAUUUGAUAAAAAGAUUGUUCAAAAGAUGGUUAUAGUAAGUUUAUGGUGCAUCCAAACUGAUCCAUCCCAUAGGCCUGCAAUGAGUAAAGUGGUAGAAAUGAUGGAAGGUAGCUUGGAAUCUUUGCAAAUAGCACCAAAACCUUUUUUGUCUUCACCUCCCAGGUUAGACCUACAAAAUCUUCAGAUUAUAAUACUUUCACAUCUCAAGAUUCGUAUCCUUCAGGUAUAUUCUACUAAUGAUUUCUGUUAGCACAAUUAUUAUCAUUCCUAUUUACAAACUAAAUAAACAGCUAGUUUUCCAUUGCAGGCACACUCCAUACCAAUGAUUGCAAACCUCUCUAGUCAUUCCACCUUGGCAGAGCUAGUGAGAAACCAAUAUUCUAAGAAGAUAACGAAACAAUAUUGUUGUCAAAUGCAAGGCUUGGGGAGGAAAAGUAUAGUACAUGUUGAAAUUUAAUUAGGAUUCUGAUAUUGUCAUAAUUAUUGUAUUGAUUAGACAACUCCUUGUGACCAAGCAAACAAUACAAUAUAUUCCUCUCACACAUUUGCUAAAAUAUAA